AUGCCAUCUUCUCGGACGCCUGGUCCGCCUCUGGAUACCUCCUCUCUCAGUACAAGGAGCCUCUUCCUGCUGCUGAAAGCGCGUGCCUCAAAGCAGCUUUAUGGGAGCCAAUUUGAUGCCAGCUGCACAACCUUCAGAUUUGGAGAUCGAGUACCCAACAUCAAGGCAUCAUCGCUCGCCGUGGAUGCUGAUGAAACACUUAUAAUCACUCCGUACAGUCAAGAUGUUGUCCAGAUUCUCCAAGUCCGCAACGGGCAGAUCGCGCCGCUUCGACAGGCGAGGCUGCCCUGGUACGAGUCGGGGUCAAUUGAAAUCCUGAAGACAGCCUACGGGGAUGACAGACUUUAUGUACUUUAUCGAUUCACCCCCUUUAUGGAAGGCGACGACCAUCCGUUUGUGAGACAGGCGAGGGAGUACGGUCGUAAUGGAUUCAUAUACCUCGCUUGUCACCCCCUGGAGUUGUCAAGCAAUCCAGUGAGGAUGACGAUGUUUCCUGGGUAUGAGGACUUCAAUCCCUCGGCUUUGGCUGUUGCUACCGACGGGGCUUUUGCCAUUGUGUGGUGCCAUCGUAUGUCUUUAAGUCAUGCUGUUGUUCACUACACUGCUAUCGACAAAUCAGAAUAUGAUAUUGCGCCCAAUCUUGUCGGAUUUUCGUAUUCCUCUCGCCAAUUGCGACGGUUUACAGGCGGUCCAAUGAUUCGAGACCUGGCAUUCAACGACAGAUCAAGUCAGCUAUUAUAUUAUUAUCAAGGAAGAUCAUUGUACGCAGGAUAUCAAAACAUAGCAUCGUCGACAAUGUACGAAAACUCAACCUCUGUUCAAUUUACUCAUGGCCUGAGCCUACUAUAUUCAAUAGAAGUUCCUUUCUUUGGGACACAUGAAUCUGAUGGUUUUGCAUGCCGGUGGAUGUAUCUCUCCCUUGGGAUCGCGACGCAUCGCAAAGAGAACUGGACUGUUGCUUGUCUUUUGAGAUCAGAAGCCAUCUGCCGAGCUGGCAACUGUGGACAUGCCAUGAACCUCGAACGCGGCCGGCGAUUGACACAGUGGGAUGUUGUGGCGCGCCUCUAUGGAUUCAGAAACGCAACAAGUUCGCUCGGGUGUAAGGUUGCCGCAUCCCCCAAGGGAACUCGGAUUGCUAUUGCGAAUUGGAAUGUCCUCUACAUAUGGGCACUGGAGCCUGAAGCUCUGAUUGAAAUGGAUCCUCGGAAUUAUUAUCAGUCAUCGUGGAGGUCAUCCAGCACCGGUCAAAUUGAGCUGCAGCCCAUUGUUUUGCGACUUGAUGCAGUUUGCUUUCAGCUCCGCUUCACAAAGGAGGAGGAUGAACUUGUCGUAAUAACUGAUCAAGGGAUUAUGGUCUGGGAUUUGACAUCGCCAAGUGGUAAUAGGACUUGUCAGAACUGGCAAUCAAUCCUUACGGCGAAUUAG